AUGUCUCCUUCAAUUUUUGAUGGUGUGUUGGAUCUAGUAACAGUUUCAGUGUUGUUGACUUCAUCUGCCCAGGACCCGAUGACUGUGGCUGGAGCUGACUCAAUUUGUGAAGAAACAGAGGCUAGUGUAUUUUGCUCAUCAAUUUCCAUUUCUGUGCUGUUAUUAGGUGUUACAGAUGUGAG